UGUAACAGCGACUAUGUUCAUCAAGAAAAGUGCAUAUGUUGUCAUACGCUGCAAUCGAGUGAAAACGAGUUAAUUUCGGUGCAUGUCAAGAUGCAUGAGCGAUUAUUGUUUACCGAGGCCUACGGUAACGAGAGGACAAAAUUUUUCGUCAAGUCGAGAGACGAGCAAUUGAUCACCGAACUGUCAUCGGACACAACCAGGACAAAGUCCUUUUAUUCUGGUAUUCUAUCGAUUGCGAAGGAAGUAUUUUUACCUGAAGGAUAUCCUGACAGCGUACACCCCGAUUAUACGUCGUACCAAAUAUGGGACACUGUACAGGCAUUUGCAAGUACCAUAGUCGGUACUCUGACAACACAUUCCAUUAUGCAAGGUGUAGGUGUAGGUGAAGCUGCGGCAACACCACUGGCUGCAGCAGUCACGUGGAUAUUGAAAGAUGGGACUGGAAUGGUCGGUCGUAUUGUAUUUGCAUGGUGGAAUGGGACAGACUUAGAUGGACAAUGUAAAAAAUGGAGACUUUUUGCAGACAUUCUUUGUGAUCUAGCAAUGGGGAUAGAAUUGCUCUUACCUUAUUAUUCCUCUUACUCUCUUGGAAUAUUGUGCAUUUCAACAGCUAUGAAAUCAAUUGUUGGUGUUGCUGGUGGAGCAACCAGAGCAGUAAUCACACAGCAUCAGGCAUUACAGAAUAAUUUCGCAGAUGUCUCGGCCAAAGAUGGUAGUCAAGAGACAUGUGUAAAUUUAGUAGCAUCGUUUCUGGGAAUUCUGAUACUUUCUGUUUUUCAUGGUAGCAGAUACAUAAUGGAACUCUAUCUCUUUCUGGUGGUAGUACAUCUAUAUGCAAAUUACUCGGCUGUGAAAUCUCUGCGUUUGAAUUCUUUGAACGAAGAUCGUGCCGCGUUAAUAAUCAAAAGUUAUAUAACUAAUGAAAUCAUUCCUGGCCCUGAAGAAGUUAAUAAAAAUGAAUCAGUGCUAUUGCUCUCAAAACCUACAAAGAGUAUAUGUGGGUUUAAUAUAAAAAUGGGUGCCUCCCUUGCCACUCUUAUAAAGAAAAAUAUUAUUUCUACGAGUGACAUUGAUCUGUCGUUAAAACUAUUUUUAGAUAGAAAAUAUUUGAUUUCCAUUGAUAUAGAGAGUAGGACUAUUUUUGUAUCAUUUAAAAAGGACGCGCUACCCUCGGAUGUUUUGGAAGCGUAUUUGCACGCCUACCUUUGUGGUUUGUGCAUCUGCAUGUUUCUCAAAGUGCCACUUGAUCUCUUUUUAAAACCGGAAGUAAGCGAUUUAUCGUACCCUUUAUUGCGCCUUUACGUGUUUAGUAAGAAAUACUCUAUUUCAAAUAAUGGCGCGCAGUCUUCAAAAGCGAUAGAAAGCAUUUACGUUACUAAUUUACUGAUUUCUGGCGAAUAUAAAGCAUUUAUUAGCGGUAAUUAUAGCAUGGUAAAACUGAUAUGGAAACCAGUUUAUUUCCAAUAA